CAUGGACAACUGAGGACAUACAACUUCGAGGGAUGGAAAUAUUGUCAUCUUCACACAGUGAGACUAUUCUGCAGAUGUGGGCAUGCGCACUGCGUCGGUUCUACGGGGGACGGGAAGACAUCACGGAAAACUCGCUGUACCCGAACCCCACGCUGAAAGUCAUUCUUGAUUGCAGUGUAGCACGACUACCGACUACCAUGUUUGAUACACCGUUGAAGUCAGGGACUACUUGACACACUGGCGAUUUAAGUCGCCGCAAAACCGUAUAAAAUACCGUAUGGGAACAGUAUGCGGGAAAUGGUUGGAGGUUGCUGCGUGUGUUCCGAUGAGCGAGGCUGGGCUGAAAAUCCUCUUGUAUACUGUGAUGGGCACGGAUGCAGCGUCGCUGUGCACCAGGCGUGCUAUGGAAUCGUCCAGGUGCCCACUGGACCGUGGUUCUGUCGAAAAUGUGAGUCUCAGGAGAGAGCUGCCAGAGUGACGUGUUAUAUCUGUGAGGACCAUGGGCGAGAGAGCAAGGCUGCUUGUGGCGCCUGCAUGACGUGCAACCACCAGGGCUGUCGACAAGCCUUCCACGUCACCUGUGCUCAGAUGGCUGGCCUGCUGUGUGAGGAGGAGGGCCCUGAGGCUGACAACGUCAAGUACUGUGGCUACUGCAAGCACCACUACAUCAAGAUGCAGAGGAAGAUGCGCUCCAGUGGAGAGAACACAGAACGCAGCUCCUUCGGCCACUCCAGGGGGCGCUCCACGUCCCCCGCCCAGGACAAACACGGGUCCCACCACCACAGGCUCAGGAAGAGUCACAAGGACAAGGUGAGGCUAAAGGAGCGGCAUAAAAAGUCCUCUGAUGGUCUGGGGUCCUCACUGACCAGCAGCAUGGACAAGUUGUCGUCGGGUCACCACAGCAACAAGGACAGCGAGGGGAAUUCGAAGAGGUUGAGCUCUCACGGCCAGCUGGGACAUCGCAGUAAGAAGACAGGAAGCAUUGGCAAGAGCUGCUCCUCUUCCUCUUGCUCCUCCAGUCCCUUCAACACUGGUGGCGGCUCCCAAGACUUCCUCCCGUUCUCCUCUACCUCUCGUUUGGAGCGCGACCCCGACCGAGGAGCGGACGAGCAUGGUGCCGAGGAGCACCGCGACGAGCGGACCAGACGGACAGCGCCUGAGGAAGAUGACGAAGAAGAGGAGGAGGAAAAGGAAGAAGAGAAAGAAGAAGAGGAGGAGGAAUUGGACAAUAGUAAAUAUCACAACAAGGCCUCUCUGCAGCCCCCGGCCCUGACCCCGGUUGACGGACCUCACGGAGGGUCGUCGCAGRGUCACGAGAGGUCAGAGGGCGAGGCCAACUCUUUUGAGACCAAGGUCACAAUCUCCACCUUCGGCUCCAUCAUGCGCAUCACUUCCUCCUCGGGUGGGCUAGGCGGCGGCAGCAGCAAGCUCCGCAAAAUCUCCUCCUCCUCUUCCUCGGGGGACUACAAGCUUUCAAAGUCGCUUCUCAAGUCCCCGCACCUAGCCACGCCCCCUAUACUGGAGGAGGCCGACGUAGAGGAAGACAAGGCCACGCCCCCACCACCGCUGCCAACACACCGGGAGAGGAGGCACCGUGGCAACAAGAAGAGCCGGCAYGGACCGGGGCGCCCGCGGGGGAGCAAGAACCGGGAGCGGACGGAGAGGCGAGAGGAGGAGUACCGGCAGCACCAUCACCACACGGCUCCUGCUCCACCUCCUUCCCUAACCUCCUCCACCUCGUUCUCCUCGCUCUUCCCCAGCUCCUCCACCCUCCCCCACACAGCGUACUCCUCCACCCUGCCCACCUCCUCCCUCUCCUCCUCCUCCUUCCCCUCCUCYUCCACUUCCUCUAGCGUCAGUUUCUCCACAGGCCGCGGCUCCGGAAUCCACACCGGUCACAAGGACCCUCUGUCUUUGAGUGGGGGUGUCUGUAACACCCCUCUUCUUGCGGGGUCUCCUAUGAGCAGUCUGCCCUUACUGUUUGACCAGAGGGAGGGCGUGGGCCCUGGGGUCAGAGGUCGCCCUGAAAACGUCCCUCCAUCCAGCUCCCACAUAGAGCUCCUCCUGGAGAAGCAUGGCAACGGAGAGAUGGGAGCCAACAUUGUAGAGAUGCUCCAGUCCCUCCACUCGCUGCAGCAGGAGAACCAGCGUCUCCAGGACCAGAUUCUCAGCCUGACGGCCAAGAAGGAGCGGCUGCAGCUGCUCAACGUGGAGCUGGCCUGUCCCUUCCCCCCGCAGGUCCAUCACUCCCACCACUCCGCCCAUGGCCUAGUGCCCACCACCACCCACGCCCACAUCAGCUUCCUCUCCUCCGCAUACGACCCCCUCAGCACCAAUAAGAGUCCCCUGUCUAAAAGCUGCUUCCUGAAUGACACCUCCUUCAUCACCUCAUCCGAGGAGCUCCACUCUGGUAGUCCCUCCCGCAGUAGCUCCUCCCUCUCCUUCCAGAGCACUCCGCCCCCUCAGCAGAGCCCCGCCUCCUUCGGCCAGCCCUUGCUGAACGGGCUGGGUGGGCGGGUUUUGACUGACAGCCUGGGGGGCCUCAGUCAGGCCAGCAGUUCCAUGGUGGGCGGGCUCAUGGCCUCCCAAGCAGGAAGUCCCCAGCUGAACAUGAACGGCAUGCUGGGCAGCCUGAACGGGGUGAUCCAGUCACCUGUCCAGAACGGCCCCCAGCCCACCCUGCCGGCCCUGCGGCCCCAGCCUCCUCCUUUGGGCCCCCAGGCACUGGCACAGGGCCUGCAGCUCCCCAAGAGCAUGAGUCCGUCUUCUCUCCUGUCUGAGCAGCAGAAGCAGCUCCUUCUCCAGCAGAACUUCACUCCAGAGCAGCAGGUGGUGGUCUAUCAGAUGCUGCAGCAGCAGCGGCAGAGGGAGCUACAGCGACUCACGCUAACCGGGGCCCUCACCUCCACCCCCACUUCCCAGUCCCCCAACCUGGGGGCCUCGCCACUGCAGGGUGGCCAGGGACACCCCCUCUUCGGCCUGCAGGAUAAUGCACUUCACAAGCCCGGGGGGGUGGGAGAGAAGGGCGGAGACAAGAAUGGCUGACAUGUCAUCUUCAUGUCUGAACUGUUGCAGCUGUAACAGCAGCUAUAACAGCAGCUAUAACAGGGGAAAGGAAAGUAAUUGAGCUGUUCCAUCAGAAACUAAUGUCACCUUUAAUCUCCACCUGAAAGACUCUUGAACUCUCUGUCUUCUAUCAUCUCUGUCUUUCCCCCUCUUUUAUGAAUGUAUAAUGGAUUCCAUUUAAACGGUUAUGUUUUUUUUAAUGCAUUGAAUUCCUUUUAUAUGAGGACGUUUUUUUCUUCUAGGUCUGUAUGUGUGUAGGCAGCUUUCAGAGAGCAUGAAUACAGUGGUCUGUAAUUGAAUUGCACUAAUCUGUUAGCUAGACCAAUUGGGUUCGCUCUUGUAGCAGAGCCAGAGACUCUGGAGUCCUGACUGUAAAUGUGGAGAGUAUUGGGGUCCAGCAUAGAAAUUGUACUCUGGUGAUCAAUUCCAAAUCAACCCCUAGCCGCUACUCUCAAGGMACUUCCUGAGAUCUGAAAUGAUUAGAUGGGCGUAAACAAUAUGAUGACUAUUCCACCUAGCCAAUCAGAAGACAAGGUAAAUCAAUGACCUUAUAACUUUAAACCUAUCCAAUCCUUUUAGAUCUACUGGAGUGCCUAUGGGUAGGGCUAAGUGUCGACUUGGAAUUUGGGUGUGAGUGUUUUGGGCCAAAGUGUCCUUAGGCCAUAACUUUACUGAAGCACUGACCCUCCACUUAAGCAAUUAUACCCCUGUGGAACCAAUGUAUCCCUCCAAACAUCCUUGUUGAGGACAAACUGUCUGACACCUCUCUAAACAUCAACUGUCUUCCUCAAGGUCUGUCUUCCUUUCAUUUUCUUCCCUCCCAUAUAUUGUACAACUAUGCUAUUCCUAUUCUACCCUAUUAAAUGUCACAGCUACAGACUGGCACCAAAUGAUCUGGGGACUGGCAUUGACAGUGUAGAAUGCUAACUAUGCCUCAGUCCACCCCUGGGAAUUUAGAGAGAAUGUAUGAUGUUCAAUAUGUGUGCCGCUGCCGAGAUUAAUCCAACGAAACCAAACAUUUGAAUAUUGUCAAAGUAAAUAUGUAAGAAAUUCAUAUUUUUGUUUCCUCAACCCAUGUGUACUUUGCUGAUAUAGAACCUAAUAAGGGACAUUUGGUACUUACUGAUUCUAGGCUACUUGGAACUGACAAGUUAGUGAUGAAUUAGUAUGAAUAUUUUGCACUCUAUCCUGAAGUGUUAGUGUUUUCUUAUUUGUUUCGGUUGUACAUAUUGUUCUUUUGAUGCCCGGAAAAAUAGUUGUUCUUUUAGCAAUACUGUAUAGUUGUCAAUGCCUUAAAAUAACGCUAGAGUUACGGAGGAAAAUCAACUCACCCAUAACAGCCAGAAGGCAGCUUCUUUUCUCUUCUCCAUUUCUUAAUCUAGUUUUUGUUCUGGUUACAUUUACCGUUAUUUCAGAUUUAGGCGAAAGCACUCUUUUCAAUCUUACCAUUUAUACUAUUGAUAGGCAACGGUGAUCAUGUCAACAAUUGUACAAUGAAAAUAUGUUUAUCGGUAAGUCUCAAAUCAUCUGUAAUUGUGUCUUAAGAUGCUGCUCAUUGUUCUGUUUCUUAGCAGAACUAACAAGCAACAUCCCAUGUUAGAUGGUAUCACUUUACUUGGUCGUAAGAUCUAUAAAAGGCUGUCAUAGUAAUGACAUAGCAGUCAUGGUAUUUGUGACUAUGUUCUUAUACAAUUGUGACUCAAACUCUUAUUGCUUUCGUCAGGUCAGUGUUGAAUCAAUUGUCAUCAGGUGACUUCAUCUGUUGUGAUACGACUGCCUAUGACAUGUGUUACGUCAUUCUAGUAACACCAUUAUGUCUACAGUAUGUCUUACUACUGAGAUCAUGAUGCCAAGUCACAAAUGUUACCAUUCAGAACACAUAGGCAACUCGGGAACUCUAAUAUGUAACUUUCUUUACUGCCUGCUGCAUCUACUUUCUUGUGUGGCACAUAAUAACAGGUCCUUCUGUGCUGGGAUCAAGCUAAUCUAUUAUCAUUGGCCGUUCUCCCAGGUCUUUUAACUCACUGUUAGACUGGAAUAAUAUUUUUCCUUUGUGGUGUUCGUUACUCAUCUUAUUUUAUCAUUUCCUAAUUUAACUAUGGUCAAAGAUCAUUUCCAAAUGUGUAUUGGUUUUCUGUUUGCAACCUCGAUAUUGACCUCCCGUACAUGUGAUGUCGGUAAGUAUUGGAACUGUUCUGUUUUUUGUAGUUAGUUGUCAGUGAGGAACUUUCAAGCGACUAUGUUAGUUGGUAAAAUACUGUAGCAACGAGACUAUAGGAGAAUGUUAACGUUGAUAACACAUGAGCCUAUUCCUCCAUAUUGACAGGACUUCCAAARGAGGUCUGCGGUUGAACAAGUACGUCCUUAUGAGUUGUUGUACGAUUAAGGUAAAAAUCUAGGAAAGAACAUGUCGAAGAGAUUGUUUUUGACUGAAAGAGUACUGCGAAGGAAUCUUGAAAGGGAAUCUUUCCCAUGUUGCACUGGGGCGAUUUGGCCCAAUGAAAUGUAAAUCAUUUUUUUAAUAUACUUUUGUUGUUUUUUAUUGUUUGAGUACAAAUUGUAUACUUAAAUGUGUUUGUGUAUAGACACAUUCAUUUUCUAAGCUUUGAAGUUGGGUAACCAAGAUAAUCUAUGUUGUUAUGUAUGUAUGUCGUUAUGUGUAUCUGUUAUGUAAUACAGCAUAUUUAAGCACCUCUCUCUCAAUGAAGUUUGAUGAAAAUGGAACUAACUUCUUGGGACAUAAAAUGCAUGAAAUGCAGUUAAGUCUCGCAAAUCAGUAGCUAAAUACCAAGUUAGACUACGCAUAGUUUUUAAAUGCAUUGUUCUCAAAAAAUGUUUUAUGAAAUUUAAAUUGAGCACUGCAUUUGAGAAAAGACAAGCAUUGUUGUCAAUGUACAGUGUAUUUGUUUGAGAGAAUUAAUCAACAAUGAAUUUGCCAAUAUUCAGACUUAAUGCCCCUGUAAAGUAUUUUGAUAUUUUUGUGUAAAAAUUAAAAAGGUACAAUUAAGACGACUGAACUUUUACUGUCAAUAAAUGUAUUUUACUGAGUUGAUUUGCA